AGAAGAAUAAAAGCAUAUGUAGGAUCUGAGUCAUAAAAUUUGUCCAUGUGAUCAGAGAAAGAGUCAGGGAGAAGUAACUGACUGGGUCUCAAUUUAUGUUUAUAUUUUACCAGAUGGGGAAAAAGGGGGGCAUAAAAAGGAAUUGCAUAUACAAAGGCAUGGAGAUGUGGAUAAGUGACUCACAAUGGGAAAACUCCAUCCACCAGGAGCAUAGGCACUCUGGGACGGAAGAGGAUGGAGAUAAAAUGGCUCCUCAGAGAAGAGGCUGAUUAUAGGCCUGGGGCAAGAAAUCACACAAGGUGAGCCUGAAGCACCUCACAGUGCCAAAAGUCCAUCAUGAAUGAGAAAUGGGACUCAAACUCUUCAGAAACCUGGCACCACAUCUGGAGUGUCAAUGCCACAAAGCAUGAUCUGUACGCAGACGGCAACAUCACCUACGUGAGCUACUAUCUCCACCAGCCUCAAGUGGCUGCAGUCUUCAUUAUUUCCUACUUUCUAAUCUUCUUCCUGUGCAUGGCGGGAAACACAGUGGUUUGCUUUAUUGUAAUGAGGAACAAACAUAUGCACACUGUCACUAAUCUCUUCAUCUUGAACCUGGCCGUAAGUGAUCUACUAGUUGGCAUAUUCUGUAUGCCUACCACGCUGCUGGACAAUAUCAUAGCAGUUCUGGAGGCGAGGAGUCCAAGAAGAAGGUGCCAGCAUGGCUGGGUUCUUGGAUGGCCAUUUGGAAGCACAAUGUGUAAGAUCAGUGGCUUGGUCCAGGGAAUGUCCGUUGCAGCUUCAGUCUUCACUUUAGUUGCAAUAGCAGUGGACAGGUUCCGGUGUGUCGUUUAUCCUUUUAAGCCAAAGCUCAGUAUCAAGACAUCAUUUGUCAUUAUUAUGAUCAUCUGGGUCCUGGCCAUCGCCAUUAUAGCCCCAUCUGCAAUAAUGUUACAUGUGAAAGAAGAAAAAUAUUACCGAGUGACACUCAACUCCCAGAAUAAAACAGGCCCAGUCUACUGGUGCCGUGAAGACUGGCCAAACCAGGAAAUGAGGAAGACCUACACCACUGUGCUGUUUGCCAACAUCUACCUGGCUCCCAUGUUCCUCAUCGUCAUUAUGUAUGGAAGGAUUGGAAUUGCACUCUUCAAGACGACGGUGCCUCACAGAGGCACACAGAACCAGGAGCAGUGGCACAUGGUGUCCAAGAAGAAGCAGAAGGUCAUUAAGAUGCUCCUGACUGUGGCCCUGCUUUUCAUCCUCUCCUGGCUGCCCCUGUGGACUCUGAUGAUGCUCUCAGACUAUGCUGACCUGUCUCCAGAUGAACUGAGGCUCAUCAACAUCUACAUCUACCCCUUUGCACACUGGCUGGCCUUUUGCAACAGCAGCGUCAACCCCAUCAUUUAUGGUUUCUUCAAUGAGAAUUUUCGCCGUGGUUUCCAAGAUGCUUUUUGCCUCCGGCUCUGCAGAAAAAGAGCAAAGUCCAAGGAAGCCUACACCCUGAGAGCUAAAAACAACAUGGUCAUAACCACAUCUCAUCUGUCGGCUCCGGAACUCACAAUUAAAAGCCCACAAGAGGAAAUUGUGCUUUGUAGCAAAAGUGCUGAAAAACCCAUACAGGAAUUAAUGACAGAAGAAUUAGAAGAACUUACCAAUAGCAACGAGAUGUAACGAGGGCUGGUGUGAUGAUUUUUAACUCUGCUUUGUGUUAUAUAGCGAAAUACUGUUGCUUCCUAUGGCUUUGUACGGCAGUUAUUCUAAGAAUGCUAGGUGCUCUGUCUGGAAAAAAGUAAAUAAAAUGGUUUGUUUUUCAA